AUGAAGCUUCUCUCAAUUAUAACGUUGUUUUCUGUCUUAGCAGUCACUGCUCCUACGGCCAGGGAACUAAGCGCUUCUGUCGAAAAGCGUGAAGUCGGAGAGGUUUCUACAGACUACAUCUUUACCGACGAUCCUUCUGAGGGUAGCAAGACUGGCCAGAAGAAGCGUGAAGUCGGAGAGGUUUCUACAGACUACAUCUUUACCGACGACCCUUCUGAUGGUAGCAAGACUAGCCAGAAGAAGCGUUAA